AUGGUUCGCACGGACGUGACCAUCCUCUACAACGUGACGCGUCCAAAGGAUGCCUUGGACGAAACGCAGUCGCUUGUGACGGCGCUGCGCCGGCGGUGGAUAUCGGCGUGUGUGAGGGAGGUGCAGCCGGAAACGCACGACGCAGACGCCCUCGACGCGGCCAUCAGGGACUCCAAGAUCGUCAUCCUGAUCGGCGCUGUCGUGGGCUCCGUCAGCCGCGAAGCCACCCUCGUCACGCUGCAACGCAUGCAGCACAUCCUCGCAGCAAACAAGCACCUCCUUGUCAUCAAGGUCUUCCAGCAUGACCGCUACCCGUUUUCGGAAACAAUCUGGCCGCAGCUGUCCCGCAAAGCUAUAGCCGCAGCCCUGUGCGACAUGUACAGCCUAUCCCCGCCUCUGCAGCGCGUGUGCGACGCCCUGCACCAGCGCGACGUGCAUGCCAACCUGCCUGAGCUGCAGCAGCAGCAGCACGACAAGGUCAAGGCCGCGGGCACGACAAUCGGCAGCUUGCUCGAGGGCUCCGUCUACAUUGACUCAUCCAAGCCGGACCGCGACAAGAAGGGGCGGCUCAAGGGGCUCGGCCGAACGCGAAGCACAAGCACCAUCGUCAUCCCAGACCGCAUGCCGCACAUGCCCAACGCCACGCUCGUGCUUCCCCAACUGAUGCCGCCAAGCCCCGCGUCCGCAGAGGCUGUUCCCCGCGAGGUGAUUGGCCGGCUGCUGCUGCCACUGCGAGGUAUCAAGCUGGCCGAACCAACAUGGCUGCCGCGCGCGGCGUUACAUAUGGGUGCCCAUGAUGGCGCGGGCGGUGUUGCCGAGGACUGCAUGGUGGAUCUGACCACGCUUAACAGCUACACCCCGACGUCGGUGUCUGCCGCCGCUGCUGCCGCCGCAUCUGCAAAACACAGCGCGUCUUCGCAGCGCUCAUCCAAGAAGAAGCAGCAGAAGAAGCAGAAGAAAGGCAAGUCCUCUUCCUCCUCUGCUGCCUCAACCACAUCAUCAUCAUCAUCAUCAUCAUCACCACCAUCGUCAUCAUCAUCGUCGUCGUCAUCAUCGUCAAUGGCCACGUCCACCGCCCAGCCGUCGCUGCCUGCGCGACCCCCCAAGUCGCCCUCGCUCAUAUCGCAGCUGUCCAUGACGGGUGCGUCUCCACUCGCGCUGCUGGGCACCACUGGCCGCGCCAGCGACAAGAUGCCAAACACAAAGAUUGUGCCCACGGCGCUCGUGGUGCUGGACGCGCUUGCGUCGCAGUUGACAGACGAGGGCAGGCUGCCGGCCGCCAUCAAGCUGCCGCUGUACGCACUGCCCAGCAGCCGACUGGUGGCGCUGGUGUCCAGCCGCCCAAAGGACAGCCUGCUGUGCCAGCGCGUGUUCCUGCUGCUUGCGGACCGGGCCGCAAAGGCCAACAGCGAGGCAGAGGAGCUGCUGCGGUGCGGCGCCAUCAAAGCCGUUGUCGACGCCCUCGAGCGCAACCACAAGGCGGACACGGCCGUGCACGUGUGUGCUUGCCACCUCCUCUCCUGCGUGUGCAUUGGCCUGGACGACGACGAGCGCGUGCACGACGUUGGGGCGGAGGGCGCCGCCUUCUCCGUCAUUGCAUGCAUGCAAGCAAGCCCCGACAACGAGGCCGUGCAGCUGGCCGGCUGCCAGGCGCUGAAGAGCAUCACGUCGUCCUUUGACAACGCGCGCUACGUGGUGGGCGGCGACGGCGUGGAGGCUCUGAUGGACGCCAUGAGGCGCCACCCAGACUGCGCCCGCAUCCAGGCCGAGGCGUGCCUGGCGCUGGGUGCCGUGUGUGAGAGUGGGGAGGACAUGUGCGCGCGUGUGGUGUCCAAGGGCGCGCUCGACAGCGUCAUGCGCGUGUUCAAGCAGUACAAGGCGGACCCGCUUGUGCUCGAGUGCGCGUGCGUGGUCAUCACCCGCUUUGCCAUGGGCACCCCGCUGUGCGCUCACCUGGUCAACGCCAACGUGACACCCGUGCUCGUGCAGACCAUUCGCCGCCACAAGCAGCACGCGAGCCUUGCCUUCCAGGCAACCAUGGCACUGCUGGUCAUGGGCAUGUCACUGGACGGGGAGAGGGUGCACAGGUUCCUGGCCUCCGCUGGCGCCGUGGACGUGAUGGCCGCGCUCAUGUGCCUGCACCCGGGCCACGACAUUCUGCAGUCAUUUGCCUGCAGCCUGCUCUGCCUGGUUGGCAGGCAGCCCACGGUAAUGCAGCGGGUGCUUGAGCUGGGCGUGGUGGACCUCACCGCCGACGCCCUCAAGAACCACCCCGAGUCCUUUGACGUGCAGUCCCGCGCGUGCGAGUUCCUGGAGCUGCUCAUCACGGUGAAGACGGAGGCAGCACUGGACAUUCUGCACGAGCGCGACGUGCCCGCAGCGCUCGUGCGCGCCCUCGCCCUCCACUCGGACAAGGCGGACGUGCUUGAGUUUGUGCUGGGCGCCAUUGGGUCCAUGGCCCUGCGUCACGCCAAGUGCCUGCAGCGGUUCUCCGAGCUCAACGCCCAGGCCGCCGUGCUUGCAUGCAUGCUCGCUAUGCAGGAGGACGAGACAGUUGCGCGGCGGGGGUCGUGGGCGCUGCUGAGCCUGUCCCUCAACCGGGACGACAGCGUGGUGACGCUGAUUGAGAAGGGCGCCUCCAAGCUGCUGCUGGGCGUGCUGGUGCGCCACUCGACGCUGGAGGAGGCCGUCAUCCCCGCCAUCAACCUGCUCAUCCUCAUUGCGGAGCGCAGCCUGCUUGAGCGCGACAACAUGCUGCGCAUGGGCGUAGUCGGCUUUGUGGUCACGGCCCUGCGUGCACUUCGCAACGUAGACCAGCUUCAGCUGUGUGGCGUGCAGCUGCUCACCGCGCUCAGCGGCGACCCGCACAAGGUGGUGGCGGGCCUCCUGCGCCACAAGCAAGGCAUGGACUUGAUUGUCGCAUGCACGGCUGCGGCCAUGGGCAACGCGGAGAUGCUGGGGCCCGUGUGCGGCCUGCUCGAUGCGCUUGCGUGCGCCGACCCGUUCGUGGAGGCGUACGCUGCCACGGGCGGCGUCAUCACCGUGCUGUGCUUUCUCCGCGUCAACCCGACGGACGCCACCGUCAACUACCAGGCGCUGCGCAUGCUCACGGCCAUCCUGCGCACCACCCCCAAGCAGCGCGAGAUCGUGCUUGCCCACCGCGGUCUUGAGACUGUGCAUACCGCAGCCAAGCGGUUUGACGGGCACCCAGACGUGCAGCUGCAGGCGUGCGUGACGCUGCUAUACCUCACAACGAAUAACCCGACCCCGCUGCAGCUGCGCACCCAGCUCAUUGACCUCGUCCGAGACUACGAUGACAACGACAAUGCGCAGGCUGAUGUUGGAGACGAGCGUGCCGUUGCAGCCGAGGCGAAGGAAGGUGUGGCUGCGAACAAGGGCGCACAACAUGCGGAGACAGCGGAGACAGACGCCACUGAUGGUGAUGCUGCUGCUAGUGCUGCAGAGAAGGAAGGCAGCGGCGAUGAAGAUGAGGUUAUCAACUGGCAUGCUGUGCGCCAGGAUGCGUUGCAGUGGGCAAAGAAGGUGCUGCAAGCGCACAAGGCCAACGACCGCCACCUCAUUGCCAUCCGACGCUGCAUUUCCACAUCAACGCCUGACCUUGUUCUGGGUUGA